UGCGGCCUGCACCUGCCAAGCAAAGGAACGGCACCUCAACCCACCUCAGCUUGCAACCCCUUGGGAACUUUGGAACCGACCUUUUUGAGUCAAGCACUUACACGUCGAUCAUGUAGGCAGACAUCCGCCAAUCUCUCUCUCUCUCUCUCUCUAUCUCUAUCCUCCUCUCUUCGGCCACCCUCCUCGAGACACGCAAAGCAAUCGGUCCAGCCCGGAUCUUUACUCGGCAGCUUUCCCUGCCGACUUACGGCAGAUACGGCGGCCGAGGCCCACCUUCACAAACCCCUUGUCGCUUAUGUCCAGCAGCGCCAUUUCAUUACUCGCAAGCCACUGUUAGGUCUUGGCCAGGGCCACCAGACACAGGCAUACCCCAGACGUGCUACCACACCGCAUCCGAAGUCCAGCGGCGAAGGUACCUCUACCUCUCUGGUGAAGGCUGACAGAGACCCCCUUUACGACCUCCCAAACCUAACCAAUUCCCAUAAUCAGCCGGGCUGUCUUUAA